GCAGUAUUUUCAAUCGAACAUGGAGGACGCUCAGAUAUCAAACAGCAUAUGGAAAAGAAAAAACAUACGUCGGCCUUAUCUAGUGCUUCGAAAAGUGACAAAUUAACCUCAUAUUUUAUUAAACAAGGACCAGCUGGCUUAACUAGUGAAGGAUUAAAAAUUGCAGCAGAAGAGGGAAUGUUUGCAUUUCACACUAUAGUACAUAACCAUUCUUUUAGGUCAAUGGAUUGUACUACUGCUUUAAUAAAAAAGUUACAUGAAAAAAAGUUUUCUUGUGCGCGUACCAAGUGUGAAUCAAUUAUUCUGAAUGUAUUGGCUCCUUUUGCAAUGGAUCAAAUAAUAGACGAACUAAAAGCUGUUAAUUUUGCGACGGUUAUGAUUGACACUUCAAAUCAUAAGAAUUUAAAAAUUGUCCCAAUACUUAUUCGAUAUUUCGAUCCUAAAACGGGAGUUCAAAUAAAAGUGCUAGAAUUCACAAAUUUGAAAGGAGAAACUUCGGAUAUAUUGUCGUCAUAUAUUAUAGAAAUUUUAACAAAACAUAAAUUAUCUCACAAAAUUAUUGCAUUUACCAGUGACAACUGUAAUACUAAUUUUGGAGGUGCUGCAAGGAGGGGAACAAAAAAUGUUUUGACGAUUUUAAACAAUAAUUUAAAGACUAACAUUUCUGGAAUUGGUUGUGCAGCUCAUAUUCUGCACAACGCUAUGCAAACUAGUACAGAUAUCUUACCUAUUGAUGUCAAAUAUAUCGUUCAUAAAAUAUUUCAAUACUUUUAUAUUUAUACUGUGAGAGUGGAAGUAUUAAAAUAA